GUACGACUACUUUUAAACUGCAUUCUACCUGUUGGACGAUCAUAUACAUCGUACCCCAACUAAACGCGACCAUAUGGUAGCAUGGCAGUAGGGAAGUAAGUAUCACAAAUAUUAAAGGUAGCUUAUGUAUAUCUGUAUAGUCAACGACUAUGACAACUGGUAUGGGCCCGGCAUGUUUCCUGCAGCUGUGGCUGCCAGCAGACUACGACUUCGGCCACCGGUACGAAGCCGAGUUCAAAGGCGACGAUACAAACAGCAACAGUAAAAGUACACUUCCACAACCGCUACACGAAUCUUUAAAAAGAACUGGUUCAUACAAAUGGGUCAGUCAUCUCGUCGAUGCUGUACAACAGGCGUGUGAGGAGAAGGAUGCGUUUGCGUUCGUAUGGGAUGACCGCAUUAGAAAGCGCGAUGUACCUGAAGGUGUACCGAAUAUGUACAUGUGGGGACUUGGUCCUGCGGUUAGUGGGGGAUAUCAUCAGCAUGGCAGGUUCAAGCAGUUUCCGUUUGGAAUUGUGAUCAGGAAUUUUG